AUGGGGAUACUCCGAAUAAACACACUCGACAGAGGAAGCGGAAAGCACGUGCAGACAAGAAUGUUUUCAGAGAACGAGCUCACGCAGAAUGAAAAGCACAAGGAGUACAUGCGCGCAGUAAAAGAGGUAAAGCUGGACCAUCUUUUCAGAAAGCCGUUUGUGGGAUGCUUGGACGGACACACAGAGGGAGUUACAAGAAUAGUGAAGUGCAGCACCGAAAGCCCACUGUAUGCAUCAACCAGCUAUGACGGAACCAUCAAGGUGUGGAACAUGAACAAAAGAGCAGAGGUAGAGACCAUUGCCCUCGAGCAAACAACGCCAGCUGCUAUUUCUUUUCUCGACAGCACGCUUCUAUACAGCAAAAAGAACAGUAUUUUCCACAGAGAUGCCAACUACGAGGAAAUCACCAGCGGAGUUAUGGCAGAGAGCACAGCCCCCAAGGAAACAGAAUUCACAGCGUGCUCCGGAGUGAUGGACAUAGUCAGCAACGGGUCCUCUCGCUUCUACGCAUCAACCGUGGACGGGAUUGAGAUCUUUGACAAGGAGCGGAUCAAAUCCAUAGCAAGCUACAAGGGAGAAAGACAGGCAAAGAGAAUAUACAUCUCCAGUGAUGCAAAGUGGAUUCUGUACACGGUUGAAGGAAACAAGAUAGUUGGAUACGAUAGCAGAACGGGAAAAAGCGAGCUGGAGAUUGUCUCCAAGUCUGAAAUCAACGCGAUGUCGAUAGACCCAUCAGCGCCAUCGAUGGUGGCUGCGGGAACAAACAGCGGAGAGAUCUACAUAUACAACACAUACUACACGGGAGACAACUCUUCGUACAUAACCCCGCCCUGCAGAACGCUGAGAGGGCACGCAAGCCCUGUGUCGGACAUACAGCACUCCGCAAACGGAACAAGGAUAGUAACAGGCUCAGUUGACAGAAGUGUCCGAAUAUUCUCAAACGACACCUCCCACAGACAGGAGGCUCUCUACCACAACAAGAGAAUGCAGGCCAUCAACGCAAUAUGCUGCACAAGCGACAACGCAUACAUCCUCUCAGGAAGCACGGACACAAACAUACGUAUAUGGAAGCUAGACCCCAACUCAAGCACAAAAAUAUGCACAAAGUCAGAAGAGAACUCAAGAGCCCUGGGAAACAUCAUAAAAGAAAAGUACAAGAACGUUGCACAGAUAGAAGCCAUGAAGAGACACCAGAUAGUGCCCCACCGAAUCAAGAAGUCUAUGAAGAAUAGAUACGACCACAUAAAAGCUGAGCAGAGGAAAGAAGCCAAGAGAAAGGAGCAUGAAAAGACAUCUAGCCCAAACAGUGUCUAG